GGGCGAAUUAGUAAUAAGUCGAAACCACUUGCACUACACCAAAAGGUGGCGCUGUCUUAUGGAAAGGGGGUUUUAAAUUUUCACUUUAAGCAAUCACAAGAAUAUUAUCACGACUACGAAAAAUGAAGAGAAAAAGAGAGGAUAAAGAAAGAGGUGAAAAGGAAUCAAAAAAGCAGAAAAAGUCAGAGAGGGGAGAUCAUGUAUCAGCACCGGAGGGUCGUGAUGCCAGCCCAGAGAAGAAAACAAAACUAAAGAAAAAGAGAGAUAAAGAAACAUCACAGGAAAAAGACAAAGGUUCCUCAUCUCCCACACAGGAAUUUGUAGUUACACCGAAAAAGAAAAAGCAGAAGAUAAAUUCAGAGAAAUCUGGAGGUACACUUAAGAAGAAGAAAAAGCAGAAGAUAACCUCAGAAACAUCACGGGAAGAUGAAGGUUCCUCCUCCUCUCCUAAGAAAUCUCAAAGUACACCUAAGAAGAAAAAGCAGAAGAUGGAUUCUGAAACAUCGGAGGAAGAAGAGGAAGAUGCACCCUCUCCCAAGAAAUCUCAAAGUACACCUAAGAAGAAAAAGCAGAAGAUGGAUUCUGAAACAUCGGAGGAAGAAGAUGAAGAUACACCCUCUCCCAAGAAGGAAUUUGAAAUGUCGAAGAAGACUAAGGACCACGCAGAGGACAGAAGUUUGGCCGAUUGGACAUUGGCAGAUUACAAGACACUACUGGAUGGUGUGGAGGCUGCGGUGGAGGAGCUGGACAUCCUCUACAGGAUUCCGACCACCAUGUGGGGCGAGGUCAAAGUGCGCGACCAUUCUGAAGAAUCCUGUGUGGCCGCCUGGUCCAGACUCUGCCAGGUGGCAAAGCGGCGGAUGACAAUUCAGGACAUGCUGAGAAUUAACAGGGAGUUCAUGAACAAGACAGACACCGAGAAACGGCUCUCUAAGGUAUUGACAGGAAAAGAAAACCCAGAGUUUCCAGAUGCUCCCCAGUUUCAUUUGAUUAAUGCCUACAAUGUAUACACGAAGCAUGAACUUAAGAAAACUCCUCAACCUACAUUUAAAGAAGUAGCAGAAAAUUGGAAAUGCUUGGAAGAGUCAGAGCGACAGAAAUAUGUCAAAGAAGCAGCAAAGAUGAAUGAACAAAAGAAGGAAGAGCUAUCUAAAUAUCUGGAUACGUUAUCUCCAGAGGAGAGAGAACGAUACGAGCUCCAUAACAAACCUCUAAAAGACAGAGAUCCCAAGAAAUUAAAGAAACGCUCCGAGUUUGCUGAUGCUCCUAAGAAGCCUGUCUGGAAUAGUUACAACAUAUACACAAGUCUUCGACUUCAGGAAAAUCCUCGACUAAACUUUAAAGACAUCGCAGAAGAUUGGAAACACCUGGAUAAGUGUCACCGAGAAAACUACGUGAAAAAAGCAGCAAAGGUAAAUGAGCAAAAGAAGAAGGAAUUGUCAGAGUAUCUCGAUAAAUUGAGUCCGGAGGAGAGAGAACGAUACGACCAGCUACAUAAACCCCCAGAGAAACAGAAGAAAGUAAAAGCACCACCACCCCGUCCCAGGCUGAAGGCUCGUGAUCUGAAAAAAGCAGAACUUCAGUUCUUGAAACAAGAAAAGCAAACGGCCAUGAAAGAAAAACCAGAUUUAGAGGAAGAGGAGAUCCUUAGCAAUUUGUCAGAGGUGUUCCGCAGCCUUAGCUACGAACAGCAGGAGAAGUAUCACCAAGCGGCGGAGAAUGAGGCCAGCGAACAGAAAAAGAUCACCGAGUUUUACAAGCAGUUUGAAUCUCCCCGUCAAUCAAAGGGGAAAAAGUCCCAAUCCAGCAGAGUUAAAGAGUCGAUUUCUCACAAAAAGACCUCAAAAACAACAGAUAGUAGUGAGAAAUCUUCUGGUGAAGAAGGCCAAAAGAAAAGAGAAAUGUCGCCCGUUGUCCCCGUGAUCACCACUCCUAAGAAGAAGAUUCAAAGAGCCCGCUCCUCUUCAUCCUCCUCCUCAAGUUCAUCAGAUGACGAGGACGACGCACAUCCCAAAAGUAGUGGAAAGAUCACCACUCCUAAGAAGACGAUUCAAAGAGCACGCUCCUCUUCCUCCUCCUCGAGUUCAUCGGAUGAGGAGGACAACACACAUCUCAAAAGUAGUGGAAAGAUCACCACUCCUAAGAAGAAGAUUCAAAGAGCACGCUCCUCUUCAUCCUACUCCUCGAGUUCAUCAGAUGAGGAGGACGACACACGUCUCAAAAGUAGUGGAAAGAUCACCACUCCUAAGAAGAAGAUUCAAAGAGCACGCUCCUCUUCAUCCUCCUCCUCAAGUUCAUCAGAUGAGGAAGAUGACACACGUCUCAAAAGUAGUGGAAAGUCUCCACUCCCUUCUACAUUUCCUAACUUAUCGAGGUUUGCCAACACCCCCACCAGUCUAAAGAAUCGAAAGCCUCAGAAGUCAAGUCCGAGUAAAGUGGGACGGGGCAAGAAGUGAUGAACAGGGACUUAAUGCGAGUAAAGUUAGGCAGUGCAAAGUGAUGAACAGGGACUUAAUGCGAAUAAAGUUAGGCAGUGCAAAGUGAUGAACAGGGACUGCAUGGUGAAACAAGCGGCAAAGGACAGAAGCAUGAGGCAUAAUGUCGGGUGUAUGAUGACAGAAGCAUGAGGCAUAAUGUCGGGUGUAUGAUGCCAAAAGUAACAAAUGUGCGGGUUCAACUGACAAAGACAUUGGUUUAAAGUGUCCAAUACCUUUGGUAUUAUUUCACAUCAGUGUUUUAUUAGGGACGAUAAUGUUACAUUAAUUUUAAUGGUCUCAGUCAUGAGGCAGAUGAUGAAGGCUCUAUAUGCUGUGUAAUAUUGUAAUGUCACGAGUUUUAUCAUGUAGAUGAUGGUGACUACAUUUUGUAUAGUUAAUGUAUUGUCACCGCCAGUAACGAUAGCUGAGAUGCUGAAUUGACAUUUUGCAGUAUCGAUGGAUGGCAUUUUGUCAUUUUUUUGUCUUUCUUUUUGUACAUAGAAUAUCAGAUCUUUUGGAGACCUAGAUUUGAUGGAGUUUGAAAAAAAGAAAUCAUAGAUUUAUAGCUUGUAUGUUUCCCUGUUAUUAAUCAGGCAGCAAUAAAGAUUAUUCUAAUCAAGUUUUAUACGUAAGUUAUGACAACAUUAAGAUUUUUAUGAAGGAAUUUAUUUCUUCAAAUUGGUUUACUGUUAUUGAUAAGUAGACCACAAACCAAUUCAUGAGGAUGUUAUUUCAUAGUUUUGUAAUCUUUUUCAUCUGGUGUCAGUCACCCUACAAUUUUAUAACUAUAUAUGUACAUGUCCAGUGUUUUUGACGUUGAUAUCUUUACAAAUUGUACUGAUACUGUAGAUUUCUUAUCUUACGCGAAUACUUCUUAUCACGAAAUGACUCGUUAGAAUUCAGAUCACGAGAACAUGAAUUGAUUGAGAGUUGUUGCAUGUAUUUCAGCAAUACGAAAAUGAGAGUGUGAGUAAUUUUGUUAAAUUAUGAACGGUGCUUCUCGUUAAGUUACACGAUAAUGAAUUCCUUGUGUAUAUUUAGGAAUGUGCUGCAGUUGUAAACAAUGCGUGCUUGAUUCUUGAUGAAUAUAUUAAUAAUGUAUUUAUUUUAACGGCUGGGAAUGCCAACAGAAAUGAAAGUAGAAUCUAGAUAAGUUUCUGAAAACAUGAGGGUUUGAACUGCAGCAUACUUCAUGAAGUAUGCCAGCAUGAAGCAUCACAGUUAAGAGAGAUUUGAUAUGAAAUAUAUAUAUAUAUAUAUGUAAUGAUGAUGUACAGUAUAUACAUUUUUAAUGCAUUAGGAAUGAUAUUUAAAAGUAUUAAACGAUUUAGAACAAUGAUUUUCUUAUAAGAUGGUCUACAACCUAACUUGCGAUUUACGAUUUUAAUUUGUUUUUUAUGUACAUUUAAGCUCUUCUGAGCUACAAGCUCAAGAGGCUUUUCUGAUCACCUGUUGUCUGACAUCUGUCUGCUUCUGUAAACUUACACAUUUUUUACUUCUUCUUCAGAACCACAGGACCAAUUUCAACUAAACUUGCCAUAAAGCAUCCUCUUGGGUAUUGGGUAAAAGGGGAUUUAAAAUUGUUCCAAUGAAGGGUCUUGCCCAUUCAAAGGGGAGAUAAUUAAGAAAUAGUGAAUGUAUAUUGGCAUCAUUUAAGUUUAAUAUUCAAUGUAUAACAUAUAUAUUUCGUAUCUAAUUAAGAAAUGGUAUGGUGUUUGUAAUCAUGGUAUCAUUUUGAAGGGUUUAUCAAAUAAAAGUGACCUUAUUUCUGGUUAAUAUUUAUCUCAUGUGGGUUGGGGUCAAAAUUUAUCAUGGGAUUAAAGAGGGAAAAGUUCUAUUUAUAAAGUCUUCCCCUGACAAACAAAGGGGGGGGGGGGGGGUCAAAGGUAAUUCAUGUGAGCAUUGUGGCCCAUGGGCCUCUUGUUUUAUAUUUCACCAGUGAGUCUGUAAGCACCUUGAGGAGUAGAUAAAUCCAGUAUUUCCUUAAAUUUGGUAUAUACAUGGUCUACUCCAGUAAUUAGCUAAUUAGCAUCCUAUUGUGUAUCCGGGUCAUCGGAAACUCUUAGAUGCAAGUACCACAAGAAAGAACGUGGUCACAGCCAAAUAUUUUGACCAGUGAAUACAUGUAGUUUACAUGGAUAUUAUUCUGCUGAAUAUAUUGGACCAACAUAUUUUAUAAUGUGAGCAUUGUUGCUCUUGUUAUGUGUGGGAGAAAGAACUCAUAUUAAAAGUAAAAUUCGCAAUUCAU